CUGCGGAGCUAUUAUUGGCAACAAAGGUCAAGGUAAUUUUCCCUUUACAACCCGAGAAAUGUUGAGGUUUAUACAAAUCGUCUGACCAGUUUAACGGCUAUGCCGGGGAAAAGAAAGAAACGGAUCGUCGGAAAGAUAAUAUGGGGACCAAGGAAAGGACAUAUAAAAGAAAACGGAACGUCCUCGGGAUGGAUGAGCCAGCCCAGCGUGUACCAUGCCCUUAUUGUGAUAUUUUUAGAAUUCUUCGCAUGGGGUCUGCUGACAUCACCCAUGAUUAUGGUCCUGAACGAGACUUUCCCAAAUCACACCCUCUUACUUAAUGGGUUAAUAACCGGUGUUAAGGGCAUGUUGUCCUUCCUGAGUGCCCCGCUGAUCGGAGCGCUGUCGGAUGUGUGGGGUAGGAAGACAUUCCUCCUCCUGACAGUUUCCUUCACCUGUGCACCAAUCCCUCUGAUGAAGAUCAGUCCCAUGUGGUACUUUGCAAUGAUAUCCAUAUCGGGGAUAUUUUCUGUGACGUUCAGUGUUGUGUUCGCCUACGUGGCCGACGUAACUACAGAGGAGGACAGAGGUCAGGCCUACGGUCUGGUGUCGGCUACCUUUGCGGCUAGCCUGGUAACGAGUCCUGCCCUAGGGUCGUACCUGGAGCAGGCCUACAGUGAGAACUUGGUCGUUUGGCUGGCUACAGCAGUGGCUCUACUGGACAUAUUGUUUAUCCUGGUGUGGGUGCCCGAGUCCCUUCCGGAGAAACUCCGACCAGCCAGCUGGGGGUCCCAAAUAUCCUGGGACAAGGCAGACCCUUUUGGGGCGCUGAAGAAGAUCGGGCAGGACCAGCUGAUCUUAUUGCUGUGUGUAGCUGUGUUUCUGUCCUAUCUCCCCGAGGCCGGGGAAUACUCCUGUUUCUUUGUCUACCUUAGAUUGAGAAUGGGUUUCUCCGCUGAGGCUGUGGCUUCCUACAUAGCUUUAGUAGGAGUUCUAUCUGUUAUUGCUCAAACAUUGAUAUUGACAGUGUUGAUGAAGUAUCUUGGUCACAAGGGAGCCAUCAUGUUUGGCCUGGUGUUUGAGAUCAUACAGCUGGCCUGCUAUGGUUUUGGAUCUCAGGACUGGAUCAUGUGGGUGGCUGGAUGUAUGGCGGCCAUGUCUAGUGUAACUUACCCAGCCAUUAGUGCAUUUGCCUCAUCACACGCUUCUGCUGACCAACAAGGUGUUGCCCAGGGAGUCAUCACCGGUAUACGUGGACUGUGUAACGGGUUCGGUCCAGCCAUGUUUGGCUUCAUAUUCUAUCUGUUCCAAGUGGACCUGAAGGAAGCCCCUACAGUGGAUACAAAAACCAAUACUCUAGCUGCUAACGCCACAGCACACCCCAGUGUGAUCAAUCCCAUAGAGAGUAUGAUCCCUGGUCCACCCUUUGCCUUUGGAACCAUCCUAGUCAUAAUGGCAUUGCUUGUAGCUAUAUUUGUACCGGAGAGUCCACACAGCUCUGUAGGGAAGGGCAGCUCUCGGCGUACAGCUUCUUCAACUGUUGAAACUUUUAGUCAAGAAUCAGGUCAUCAGAGUAUAGAAAACGAGCCCCUAAUGAAUGAUUCGGAACAGGAAGUGUAACAAUGGUGAACAUUAGGUCAUUUCUUCUUCACCUGUGACUUAUAACACUCCUUAGUCUGGCCGUCGCAUUGUUGAAACUUCCACUAGUACUCCUGUGUACUACAAGUACAUGUUGAAAUGCGAUUUGUCUUUCACUGAGAAACAUUGAGUCUGGGGUAUGUUCAUGAGUUGCCGUUUCAGAAAGGAGGUUUAGUUUCGGAUGGUAACAGAGGUGCUCGUCGUAGAGAAUAUUCAUCACGGUUUGUCUGCAUCUCUUGGGAUGUUGACUGUUGCAUACACGACUUUGCUUGUAGAUUUGUAACUGAGAAAGACUUGCAGUUACGGGACUGUGCUUGUAGAUUUGUGAAUAACCCAGAAAGACUGCAUGCAUCAUCAUAAGCUCUGUCUGGCCUGUGUGUUCUGGUAAGCUUGUGGUGUGGUAGGUGAUCCUAGGUUCUUCUGUGCCCUGUGUAACUCAGUUUACCUGGUACAAGCAUUAAGGACUCCUGGACCACAGAAACAAUUCAAAUGAAUAUCGCUGCUUUGUGUUUCGUGUGCCAAGACUUCGAGUAGUAAUGUAUUCCUGUUUAAAUUGCUUUGUAGAAAAUCAAUGUUCAAAAAUUGGAAUUAAGUCAGAAAUCUGUCUUCAAAUUGUUAACUUCAGCUUUUUUAAUGGAAGGAUUUCUUGACUUAAUUUCAAUUUCCAAGAUAUUGCACGUAUAUAUAGCCACUUUGAAUUUUUAUGUAUAAUUGAAAACAAUAAAAACAAUCCUAUUUAUGUUGGGUCUUUAAAUAAUUUUUUUAAUCUUUUUAAGAAGAAAUCCAAUGUGAUUAUAAAAGAAACAUGUUUAAGAAAUUGAAAUUUAAUGUUUGGAAGUUCACAACAGAAUUCACCAGCUAUUAAAAAGAUCAGGUGUUCUUUCAAGGCAAGUUUAUCAAUACAGGAUUUUGUGGAAUACGAAGACUGCCUGUUUUCUUUGUAGGUGGAAUGAUUGAAACUGAAACUUUUAAUUUAUGAUAUGGAUCACUCAGAUCCAUUAAAAAAUGUGUUAUUUUUGUGAACUUGUUGCCACAGUACUGUAUGUGUGUGUUGAGCAGGGGAAAUAUUGUUUGUUAAUAUCUGUUUUUAACAUGUACCUUCCUUUGCUGUUAUGAAUAAGAUUAUUAAUGAAAUCAAAUAUUUGUCUAGUUAUGCUGUAUACUUACUUGGUAAAAAGACGACAACCUACCGUAACAUGUACGGUAAUCUGAUAACUACACUGUGAACCUUGUUAUUGUGUACUAGGGGAGGAGUUGACAGAGAGCCAUGUUACUAUAGCUAUGUACUAGGGCAGGAGUUGACAGAGAACCUUGUUACUAUGUACUAGGGGAGGAGUUGACAGAGAACCAUGCUACUAUGUACUAGGGGAGGAGUUGACAGUGAACCAUGUUACUAUGUACUAGGGCAGGAGUUGACAGAGAACCAUGUUACUAUGUACUAGGGGAGGAGUUGACAGAGAACCAUGUUACUAUGUACUAGGGGAGGAGUUGACAGAGAACCAUGUUACUAUGUACUAGGGGAGGAGUUGACAGAGAACCAUGUUACUAUGUACUAGGGGAGGAGUUGACAGAGAACCAUGUUACUAUGUACUAGGGGAGGAGUUGACAGAGAACCAUGUUACUAUGUACUAGGGGAGGAGUUGACAGAGAACCAUGUUACUAUGUACUAGGGGAGGAGUUGACAGAGAACCAUGUUACUAUGUACUAGGGGAGGAGUUGACAGAGAACCAUGUUACUAUGUACUAGGGGAGGAGUUGACAGAGAACCAUGUUACUAUGUACUAGGGGAGGAGUUGACAGAGAACCAUGUUACUAUGUACUAGGGGAGGAGUUGACAGAGAGCCAUGUUACUAUAGCUAUGUACUAGGGGAGGAGUUGACAGAGAACCAUGUUACUAUGUACUAGGGGAGGAGUUGACAGAGAGCCAUGUUACUAUAGCUAUGUACUAGGGGAGGAGUUGACAGAGAACCUUGUUACUAUGUACUAGGGGAGGAGUUGACAGAGAGCCAUGUUACUAUAGCUAUGUACUAGGGGAGGAGUUGACAGAGAUACCCUAACAUGUACAGUGACACCAGGCCUGAUGGCUGUUUAUAUCUAAUGUACAUAAUAAAAAACAAAUUGUGCCAUCCUCUGUCAGGUUGUCUGGAGAAUUGUGAUAUUCUGUGUCGAUAUUGAUGUACACAAUCACUGACUUGUAAAUCCACAUUAAUAGUUGGUACAAAAAUCUAUUAAUUUAUACAUAGUCUCAUCUUAAAUGUGUUAUGAAUGAUGUGGUUAUUCUUUUUAUUUACCUCAUUUAUAUAUACAUGUAAUUAUAUCUAUAAACUGUGGAGACAGAUAUAUAUAUACACAUUUGUUUGUUUUCAUAUCCUAUGACCAGGUGUUUUACUUCAUUUUCAAUACAUAAAUCAAAGUUUUCAAUAAAAUCAACUUGUUUAAAUUAAAAGUCAAUAUAUAAUAUUAAAUUUCAAAAAAAAUCUGCUGAGGCCGUUUGGAGUAAUAAUAUGUUAGCACUACCUUAACUGUAUUAUUUGCCAGCCUCAAGAUGAAAAAUGACAUUAAAAUUAAAACUUAAUUAUACAACAAUUAUAGUAUUAACAUUUUUGAAUAUUUUAGCUUAUUCAUUCAAAACAAAAGGUAAUGUUUUAAACUAAGUUGAGCUUAAAUAGUUCUAGAUAGAUCUCAAUUUCAAUUCAAUAUUUUUAUUAUUGUUAUAAAAUGGUAAGUGUGAGUGCAGUGGAACAAUUUUUAUCGUAAAAUGUUGCUUUUCAGCAAAAAUGUGGCAAACAAUGUAUGCCUAGAAGCUGAUAUGUCUUAUAAAGAUAAAAUCAUGCUUUUAACAAGUGUUCCUGAUUACCAAGAGGCUCGAAACAUUGUCAGCAGUAAACAGAUCUUUGAUGGUUAGGAGAAAAUUCCUCUAUUGGGAACAAAAUUCAAAUUUUGUUCAAAAAAGAAAAUUGUUUAAGAUAAGUUUGUUAAUAAAUUUGUUUGACUGUUUGGGGAGUGGUUGUGUCUCUGUAUGGGGAGUGGGUGUGUCUGUAUGGGGAGUGGGUGUGUCUCUGUAAGGGGAGUGGGUGUGUCUCUGUAUGGGGAGUAGGUGUGUCUCUUUAUGGGUAGUGGGUGUGUCUCUGUAUGGGUAGUGGUUAUGUCUCUUUAUGGGUAGUGGGUGUGCCUCUGUAUGGGGAGUGUGUGUGUCUCUGUAUGGGGAGUGGGUGUGUCUGUGUAUGGGUAGUGGGUGUGUCUGUGUAUGGGGAGUGGGUGU